CGUGAUAAAGUGGUGGACAAACACUGGUCACGUUUGUUCACUUAGAUAUGGAGUAAACUACAGGGCUGCUAUAUUGGCGUGUGUGGAUAAAAACUGUGGAUAUGAACAGAAUGAAGUAUUCUGGCAAACAUGUGGAACUGAUAAGGACCUGUUCAAAUAAAACUCAGAUAUUUUAACAUUUUAAAGUUUUAUAUAGGUAACAAAUUCAAGCUUGGAACAGUGUUUUUAGAAAAAAAGUGCCAUGAAAUGCUGCUUUUUGUCGGCAUUAGUUGAGUUUUGGAUAUUGCAGAAGCUGUGAAAGGUGAGGUAAGUAUCGUAAUAUGAGGACAAGCAAUGAUGCGGAUACUCAGGUGAGGACGUUUUUAGUCAUUACUAUAGUGACUGAUCAAAAGCAUUUUUUAUCCAUAAUAAUAAUAGUAAUAAUAAUAAUAAUAAUAAUAAUAAUAAUGAAUGUAAUUCGCUGCUGUUGUUUUCCAUUUCAUUUAAUAUUUUAAUUGGUGUGUUACUUUUAUUAAUUGCACAUUUUUCCUUUACAGUCGGCAAUUUUGAUGGACAGUCGUAGGAACAGACGCGUAAAACAGGACUUGGUCGCGUCCGUGCUAGGUUCAGCGCGCCGUUAACGUCCGUUUUUAAAAAUGCGAAAGAGUUACAAGUGAUUUCUUUUUUUUGCUCAGGAAGCAGAAUUCACAUCAGCCAUAAAAAAACUUAUUUAAGAUAUCCAAUUGCUCUCAUUUCCAGCGCCGUCGACGGUGGUGCCACCUCACCAACGCACCGAUAUUGAAUGUCUCCCCGACGCAAUAUCCAUCUUCCUCCCCGAAACACUUCUUCCGGAGCGGCGGAACAUCACGUGGCGGGAGGAGAUGUGUAAAGCGGAGUUCAACGGAACCCAUUUCGUGAGCGUCAUCGCCCUAUCCGAGUGUGGUACCACCGUCAGCAUCCAAAAUGAUACCGUCACUUUCUACAACGAGCUUAUAGUUCGAAAAGUUGCAGACGACAUCCAAGACGUCAACUCUGACAGUGACGUCACAUAUGGAUCGGAUUAUGAGACUGUGAUCCCCGUUCAGUGUAUUUACCCCAGGCACAGUAACGUCUCAUCGAGCUACAUCCCCGUGAAGCAAAACGUACGCUUUUUUGAGAAGCAUUACGGAAACCUUGACGUAUACAUGCAACAGUUUGAUUCUCAGGAUUUCAAAUUCACAAUUCCGGUUGACGGGUCCCCGAGAAAAGUGCCGCUUAAUGACGAUUUGUACAUCAGGGUGGGGCUGAACUUUGACCCCGAUGACGUUAGAGUGAAGGCAGACCAAUGUAUUGCCACGUCCACGCCCAACCCUGCCGACUCCCACUGGCGACAGCUGAUCAAUGACGGAUGCCCAGUCAACAACGUGCGCCUUUUAACAGCGAGCGACUCAAGUGACGUGAAGUUCACGUUAAAGGCGUUUGACUUCCGGCACAACGCUUCCGGUUUCGUCUAUCUCCAUUGUCAGGUUUCAAUUUGUGGGGCGGUGGACGAUGGAUGCCGUAUGGGCUGUGGUGCACGUGUUAAACGAUCUGCUUCCGGAAGUGAUGGAACGCUGUUGGUAUCCACCGGUCCGUUCUAUGUGGAACGGCGCAAUCAGAACAAUGCUGUCGAAGAAUUUGCCAUUCCGGUUUCAUUUGUGUUUGACAUGUACGUAUUGAAGUAUUCCCACAGGUGCUUGAGUAUACCUAGAACCGCUGACAGCACAAACGAUAGUUGCAGCAGUUUGUUUUCUGGUUGCCAUAGUAGCAGUGAUCAUGGCCGUGAUUGGCUGGAAGAGACCACGUGACCCAAAAUCAACCAACUUCUGACUUACACCUGUCAAAUUGUAACCAUCAUUUUCUUCAGUUUGAAGCUACUCUAUCUUUAGUAUUUUAACAUAUCAAAUACAUGAGAAUGUGCUAUCUUAAAUCUACCAAGUUAUUUCUUGAUCCAUAUAUUCUUAUUUAUGAACAACGCAAUUUAAUGUAGUGUUAUGACCGACUGGGCAAACCAUACAUUAUCGCUUUAAUAAAUUCAGACGUUUUAGUUAAUUUCGUUCAACAUUCUGUGCUAGCAAUUCAUACUCAUUUGUAAUAAAAUCUUUACUUUAA